GUCGGUGCCCGCCGCCCCGCACGCGCCCCAGCCCCCGCCAUGGUGCUGGAGUCGGUGGUGGCGGAUCUGCUGAACCGCUUCCUGGGCGACUAUGUGGAGAACCUGAACAAGUCUCAGCUCAAGCUGGGCAUAUGGGGGGGUAAUGUGGCUCUGGACAACUUACAAAUAAAGGAGAAUGCAUUAAGUGAACUGGAUAUACCUUUUAAAGUAAAAGUUGGCCAAAUAGAUAAACUUACUCUGAAGAUACCUUGGAAAAAUCUGUAUGGUGAGGCAGUUGUUGCAACUCUAGAAGGCCUGUAUCUUCUAAUAGUUCCAGGAGCAAGUAUUAAAUAUGAUGCAGAGAAAGAAGAAAAAUAUUUACAAGAUAAUAAACAAAAAGAACUUGCAAGAAUUGAGGAAGCCUUACAGAAAGCAGCAGACAAAGGCACUCAUUCACAAGAUUCCUUGUAUGGGUUGGAGAAACUGAUUUACAAGGACAUCAAGCCUGGACGUAAGCGUAAAAAGUAUAAAAAGCAUUUUAGGAAACCCUUUAGAGGUCGUGAUCAUUCAAAAGACAAACCAAAGGAAGAGAAAAAAGAUACUUUCUUGGAAAAGCUUGCAACUCAAGUUAUAAAGAAUGUGCAAGUCAAAAUCACAGGCAUUCAUGUUAAAUAUGAAGAUGAUAUCACAGAUCCACAGUGUCCUGUUUCUCUGGGAAUGACAUUGGGUGAACUUAGUUUACUGACAACAAAUGAGAAUUGGGUACCUUCUAUUCUGAAUGAAGCUGCAAAAAUGAUAUACAAGCUUUUGUGCCUGGACAGCCUCAGUUUUUACUGGAAUGUACGAAGCAAGACGUGUUAUCGUGGCUCCCGAGAACAAAUACUGGAUCAGCUGAAAAGAGGAAUUCCACGUAGCAGUAGCUGCUCUCAAGACUACCAGUAUAUUUUUAGACCAGUAUCAGCCUCUGCAAGACUCUUUAUCAACCCAAAUGCAGAAGUAGAGUUAAAAACUCCCAAGCUCGACUGGAAUGUAGAAGUACAGAGAAUUGCCAUUGAACUCACUAAGCCACAGUACCUCAGCAUGAUAGAUAUUCUGGAGUCGGUAGAUUACAUGGUUCGCAACGCACCAUACCGAAGAUUCAGACCAAAUGUACCUCUCCAUAAAAAUGCUAAAGAAUGGUGGAAAUACGCCGGUAACAGUGUUCUUGAAGUUCAUAUCAAAAGAUGCACUCGCAUGUGGUCGUGGAGUAACAUAAAACAACAUAGGCAACUUCUGAAGAGUUAUAAAAAUGUGUACAAGAACAAGCUGACCCAGAGUAAACUGUCCGAAGAAACACAGAGGCAAAUUCAGGACCUGGAAAGAAAACUUGAUGUCUUCAACAUAAUUUUAGCAAGACAACAAGCACAAGUUGAGAUGGUAAGAUCRGGACAAAAAUUACUGAAGAAAAAAACCACUGAAGCAGAAAAAAAAAGUGGAGGCUGGUUUAGUGGUUUCUGGGGUAAGAAGGAAUCUAGAAAAAAGGAGGAUGAAGAAUCAUCGGUUCCUGAAACUAUUGAUGAAAUAAUGACGCCUGAAGAGAAAGCUAAGCUUUUUACCGCUAUUGGAUAUAGCGACAGCUCUCAUCACCUUUCCUUACCAAAAGAGUAUGUUGCCCAUGUUGUGACACUGAAGCUGUUAAGUACUUCUCUUACAAUUAAAGAAGACAAGAACGUGCCAGAAACCCUUAAAGUACAGAUAAUUGAUCUGAGUACCAAAAUAUCGCAGCGUCCAGGAGCACAAGCCAUAAAGGUGGAAGCAAAGCUUGAAAACUGGUAUAUUACGGGUUUGAGACAAGAAAACAUUGUACCUUCCCUUGUGGCUUCCAUAGGGGAUAAGAGGUCUUCUCUACUUAAAAUAGAGUUUAAUAUUAACCCAGAAGAUUGUGCUGCUGACCAGAGUCUUACUAUUGAAUCGCAGCCUGUGGAAAUAAAAUACGAUGCAAGAACAAUAAAUGCAAUGAUAGAAUUCUUCCAGACAAGUAAGGGAAUGGAUCUUGAAAAACUAACAACAGCCACAUUAAUGAAGUUGGAAGAAAUUAAGGAAAGAACUGCUACAGGAUUAGCACACAUGAUUGAAAUGCGGAAAGUCCUUGAGUUGAAGAUCAAUCUGAAACCUUCCUACCUUGUGGUUCCAAAGACUGGUUUCUACUAUGAGAAAUCAGACUUGCUGAUUUUGGACUUUGGUACAUUUCAGCUGAACAGUGUAAAUCAAGGCAGUAGUCAAGCGUCUAGCUUUCCGUCUUUGGAGGAGAUGAUGGACAAAGCUUAUGACAAGUUUGAUGUGGAAAUAAAAAAUGUUCAACUUCUUUUUGUCAGAGCAGGUGAAGACUGGAAGAAAGCUCGAUUCCAACAUCCAUCAACUUUGCAUGUAUUGCAGCCUAUGGACAUUCAUGUGCAGUUGGCAAAAUCAAUGGUUGAUAAUGACACCAGGAUGGCCAAGUUCAAAGUGUCAGGUGGGCUUCCUUUGGUGCAYGUCAGACUUUCUGACCAGAAAAUCAGUGCGAUUCUCGAUCUGAUUGAUAGUAUUCCUUUGCCAGAGAAGUCGUCUAUAUCAAUUCCAAGCACAAAGGUGUCAGCCAUUCCCGCAAUCCCUGUUAGCAAAGGCUUACUUAAUACACCACAGCUCCUUGCAGAAAUAGAGUCAGACUCUGAAGAGGAAUAUUUUGAUGUUGAAGAACAUUCUGAAUCUACUAGCAGGCCUCUAAUUAAAGGGGAAGAAAUAAGAAGUGAAGAACCAGCUCAAGAGGAGCUGACRGAUAUUCAACUGAAGUUUGAAAUUAAAGAGGUUUUGAUAGAACUUACCAGGCAAAAGAAAACUGAGGAAACUGUCCUUGUGUUUGAUGUAAUGCAUCUUGGGACAGAGGCUACAGUCAGAACUUACAAUUUAACAGCUGUAUCUUACUUGAAGAAAAUUAGUUUGGAUUACUAUGAUAUUGAAGGUAGAAAGUCACCCCUUCAUCUAAUUAGCUCUUCAGAUAAACCUGGCUUAGACCUUCUGAAGGUGGAAUAUAUCAAGGCUGACAGAAAUGGUCCAAGCUUUCAGACAGCAUUCAACAACACUGAACAGAUGAUUCAAGUCACCUUUUCAUCAUUAAACCUGCUGCUGCAUACAGAGGCCCUGCUGUCUACUCUAAGUUUUCUGACAGCAGUUACUCCGUUAAGCAAUGGAAGUAGAAAAGACACAUCAACUAAUGAAGAAAAGCAAAAAGAUUAUGCUAGAUUUAAGAAAGUAGCUAGAAUUUCUAAGGAUAAGGAUAUCUUUGACUUCAAGCUUUUUGCCAAACUGGAUGCCUUUUGUUUAAAUAUUUGUGAUGAGAAAAAGAACAUUGCGGAGAUCAAGAUACAAGGUCUUGACUCAUCUCUUCUACUUCAGCCAAGUCGCACUUUACUUUUUGCUCGGCUCAAAGAUAUAAUUGUUAUAGAUGUUGAUUUAAAGACCCUUCAUAAAAAGGCUGUAUCUAUAGUAGGAGAUGAAGUUUUCAGUUUCAAUCUGGCGUUAUAUCCAUAUGCUACAGAGGGGGAAGCCUAUGCUGAUAUGUCAAAAGUGGAUGGUACUGUAUCUUUGAAAGUAGGCUGUAUCCAAAUAGUGUACCUUCACAAAUUCCUCAUGUCUCUUCUGACCUUUUUGAACAACUUUCAAACAGCUAAAGAGGCACUGGGUGCUGCCACAGUCCAGGCUGCAGAAAAGGCUGCUACAAGUGUAAAAGACCUGGCUCAGAGGAGCUUUCGGCUGUCAAUGGACAUUCACUUGAAAGCACCAGUUAUUGUCAUUCCUCAAUCCUCYGUUUCUCUUAGUGCCAUAGUAAUAGAUCUUGGCCUGAUCAAGGUUCAGAACCAGUUUAGCUUGGUAUCUGCAGAAGGCAGUUCACUCCCUCCAGUCAUUGAUAGAAUGGACGUGCAGCUGACACAGCUGAAACUGUCCAGGACCAAUAUGGAAUCAGAUCUGUUACAUCCUGAUCUUCAAAUACUUCAUCCUAUUAAUUUGAGCCUGACUGUUAAUCGCAACCUAGCUGCAGCUUGGUUUCACAAAAUACCUGUGGUGGAGAUCACAGGGCAUCUGGAUAAAAUGAAUAUUGUUGUAAAUCAAGAGGAUUUGAAUGUCUUUCUCAAAGUGCUGACAGAAAAUCUUGGUGAAGCAGAAGAUAAGCAGAUCCACGUGAAAACAGUCCUGCAAAAGGAAGGUGAAACCAAAGAAAUAGAGAAAUCUGUUUUGAGUCAGGAUAAGAGUGUUCCAGAAGAAGUGUCUGAAGAGAGAAAAGGGACGUUAAAUGACGAUGUGAUCAAUAUGCUGCUUAAUUUUGAAAUCAAAGAGGUUGUAAUAACUUUGAUGAAGCAGGUGCAGAAGGAGAGAUAUCCACUACAUAUUUUAACUGUGCUGCAGCUUGGAACUGAAACCAGAAUUAGAAAUCAUGAUUUGACUGCAGCAGCAUAUCUGAAAAAAGUUACCAUGAAGUGCCUUGAAAUAACUGACUCAAAAGGAGAUCCACUUUGUGUUAUUAAUUCUUCAAGUGAGACUGGUGAACAUCUUCUAAAAAUGGAAUACAUUAAGGCUGAUGCUGAUGGACCAGAUUUUGAUGCUACUUACAAAAGCACCAAGCAAACCAUAAAGGUUUUCUUCUCAUGUUUGGAUAUAGUGCUUCACACAGAGGCUUUGCUUUCCAUCAUGAAUUUCCUUGCAUUCAGUGUGCCAUCAGGUGGCCUUCCAGCUGCUGACAAAGCAUCAGAUCCCAAGCCUCGAGUAGAACAGAAAGAGAGUACUCUCAGACCAGUGUCYGCUAAUGAAACUCGCGAUAUCUAUGAUUUAAAACUCACUGCAAAGCUAAAUGCUUUCAGAAUCUCUGUUUGUGGUCAGACCUGUAGAAUUGCAGACAUUAGAAUACGAGGAAUGGAUGCAUCUGUAGCAAUGAAGGCCAAAAUGAUAGAAGUGUUCUCCAGACUUGAAGACAUUGUAGUAACAAAUGUUGAUCCAAAGACAAUCCACAGAAAGGCUGUCUCCAUAAUGGGAGAUGAAGUGUUUAGAUUUCAAAUGUCACUUUAUCCAGAUGCUACCGCAGGGGAAGCCUACGCAGAUAUGUCAAAGGUGGAUGGUAAAAUGUCUCUGAAAGUUGGCUGCAUCCGAAUAGUUUAUCUACAUAAAUUCUUUAUGUCUCUCUUGAACUUCCUAAACAACUUCCAAACUGCGCAAGAGGCCCUGAGUGCYGUCACUGUCCAGGCAGCAGAAAUGGCUGCUUCCAGCAUGAAAGACUUUGCCAAAAAGAGUUUCCGUCUCUUAAUGGAUAUCAACUUGAAAGCUCCAGUUAUAGUUGUUCCUGAAUCUUGGACUUCUUGUAAUGCUUUGGUAGCUGAUCUUGGCUUAAUCACAGUUCAGAAUGAAUUCAAAUUAGUGUUUUCAGAUGAAUCUUCUCUUCCUCCAGUCAUUGACARCAUGGAUGUACAGCUGACUGAUUUGAAGUUAUCAAGGUGCACUGUAUCUGCAGAUUGUCAACCAGAUGCUCAAAUUCUGCAUCCUGUGAAUUUGGCUUUACUGGUGCAGAGAAAUCUAUCAGCAGCUUGGUAUCAUAAAACCCCAGCAAUUGGUAUCAAAGGAGACCUAAAACCAAUGCAGAUUGCACUCAGUGAAGAUGAUCUAACUGUUAUCAUGAAUAUUUUACUUGAAAACAUUGGAGGGGCUUCUUCACCACCAAAUACUGCACAUCAGAGCAUUGAACAAAUGAACACAGUUAAAAAAGGAAAAGUUGCAAGUGAUUCUGACUUGUGUGAGGAUUCAUCUCUUGCUGUGGGACAUAGAAAUGUUUCUACAGUUCAGUCUUCUGCAGAAUGUUCUACAACACUUAAAUUUGACUUUAAUUUUGAGUCACUCUCAGUAAUUCUCUACAAUAGCAAUAACAAUCAGAAGUCUCUGCUUUUGGUGCAUAGUGACAAAUUGCGCCUUGGUGAACUUCGACUGCAUCUCAUGGCUUCCUCAGGAAAGAUGUUUUCAGAUGGCUCCAUGGAUGUUAAUGUUAAGUUGAAGGCAUGUACCCUGGAUGAUCUCAGAGAUGGGGUUCAGAAUGUGACUGCAAGAAUGAUAGACAAAAAAGAUGACACAAAUGACAGUUCCAUGAUAGAUCUAAGCUGCAAGCAGGAUAAAAAUGGGACUGAAGUAACUGCCAUCCUUGAUAAACUCUAUAUUUGUGCAAGUAUGGAGUUUCUGUUAGCAGUAGCAGAUUUCUUCAUUAACUCAAUGCCAGCAUCCUCAACUGAAAGGUCUGCACAGCUCCAGUUAAAGAAUGUUGCCCCUGGGAAGCUGAAGCCAGAAAAAGAAAUACGGUCAAAUAUGGCAGUGAAAGCUGUGAUCAUGGAUCCAGAAAUUGUGUUUGUUGCAAAUUUGACCCGUGCUGAUGCCCCUGCCUUAAAGGUUUCCUUCCAAUGUGACUUUUCCCUGGCAUCUGGAAAGCUUGCACAAAGGAUGACAGCUCAAGUAAAGGACUUUAAAGUGUUGGCCUGUGCCUUCCUUCAACAAAAACAAGACAAGAGUGUCACUACGGUGUUACGACCGUGUUCUUUGGUAAUGGAAAAUAUGACCCAUGUCUCAGGCUUACAAACUGUGGUAGUAACAAUAGAAGAACUUACUAUAAAGAUCUCACCAAUAAUUCUCAAUACUGUGAUGACCAUCAUGGCUGCCAUAAAACCAAAAAGAACAGAAGAAGACUCUAAAGGAGCAGAUGAAGUUUCUGAAAAYCUGUGGCAAGUGAAGCCUAUUGAUCAGUGCAAUGCUUGGUUUCUUGGUGUGGAUGUAGCCACCGAAGCAACAGAAACUUUUAAGGACCGUGAGCAUGUUCUGAAGCAAGAGAAGUUUGACAUUGUAGUGAAAUCAUUUCAGGUCACCUUGGAGUGUGGCCAGGGACAUCGUACUGUUCCUUUGUUGUUGGUAGAAUCUGUGUUUUCAGGUGUUCUUAAAAACUGGUCUUCGCUUAUGGAGGCCACAGCUGAUAUGGCACUGGAGGUUCACUAUUACAAUGAAACUUAUGCGGUGUGGGAGCCUCUUAUUGAACGAAUUGAAGGAGGGAGGAAGCAAUGGAGUUUAAAGUUUGAAAUGAAAACCAACCCUGUUCAAGAGAAAAGUCUGAUGCCUGGGGAUGAUUUUAUUGUUCUUCCUGAGCCGCAAACUGCAGUUAACAUAUCUUCAAAGGACACAAUGAACAUAACAAUAUCCAAAAGUUGUCUUGCUGUGUUUGAUAAUCUAGCUAAGGCAUUUUCAGAAGGGACUGCAUCCACAUUUGAUUAUUCCUUUAAGGACUCUGCUCCUUUUAUAGUGAAAAAUGCCCUGGGAGUUUCUCUCCAAGUGCUUCCUAGCUCUAAUUUUCGGAGAGUUGAUUCAGCUGAAAGGGAUAGCGUGAACGAAGUAGAAAUUGGGCAGAAUCUGGAAUUGGAAUACUCUGGUUUUGAACCUCUUCAACGAGGAAAGCUCUCUGCAUUGCACCGGCAAGAAAGCUCCCUCUUCUCUUUAAACUUAGGAAUUCAAGGAUAUAAAGAGGUAGUAAAAACUCCCAUAGCCAAACCAGGUCGUCGACUGUAUAAUGUAAAAAGUCAGCUUGGUGAUCGUUCAGACUCUGUCCUUGUACAAAUAGAUGCUACAGAAGGAAAUAAAGUUAUUACUGUACGAUCUCCUCUUCAGAUCAAAAACCAUUUCUCCAUCCCAUUCAAAAUCUAUAAAUUGGCUAAAGACUCCAGAGCACUGGAGCCCAUUGGCAUAUCUAAACCAGAAGAGGAAUUUCAUGUUCCUUUACAUUCUUACAGGUGUCAUCUGUAUAUUCAACCAACAGGCGUGCUAGAAGAUCAAUUCAGAGAGUCCACAACUUACAUUGUUUGGAGGGAAGAGCUACAUCGGAGCAAUGAAGUAAAAUGCUUGUUACAGUGCCCGUCUACAGAGACAAACUUCUUACCUCUGAUAGUUAGCACAGUAGCUCUACCUGAUCAACUGAAUUUUAUUUCUGCCUCUGGAGAGGAGUGGGAUCCUGCCUACAUUAUCCACCUUUACCCUACGCUGACUGUGAGGAACCUUCUGCCAUAUUCAUUGAGGUAUUUACUUGAGGGAACAGCAGAAGUCCAUGAGUUGCCAGAAGGGAGUGCAGCAGAUAUUUUUCAGUCAAGAAUCAAUGGCGAAUUAAUGGAGCUUGUACUGAUGAAAUAUCAAGGCAAAAACUGGAGUGGGCAUCUCAAAAUUUCUGAUGGGAUGCCUGAAUUUUUUUCAGUGUGUUUCACAUCGCACUCUGCAGAACUGAUGACAGUGGAUAUAUCCAUACAUAUUAGACAAGCUGGAAGUCGCAUGAUCUUGUCUUUGUUCAGUCCAUAUUGGCUCAUCAACAAGACUUCCCGUAUUCUUCAGUAUUGGGCUGAAGAUACUCAUGUGAAGCAUCCAGCAGAUUACAGAGAUAUUGUUUUGUUCUCCUUCAAGAAGAAAAAUAUUUUUAGUAAAAAUAAGAUCCAGUUGUGUAUUUCCACGAGCACUUGGUCGAAUAGCUUUUCCCUUGAUACUGUAGGGAGCUAUGGAUGUGUCAAAUGUCCAGCUAAUAACAUGGACUAUCUGAUUGGAGUUAGCAUCAAAAUAAGUAGUUUCAACCUGACCAGGAUAGUUACGUUCACUCCAUUCUACACAAUAGCGAACAAAUCUUCCCUGGAGCUAGAAGUUGGUGAAAUUGGUCCUGGUGGCUCUUUUCCAACCAAUAAAUGGAAUUAUAUCUCAAGUUCAGAGUGUCUUCCAUUUUGGCCUGAGAAUUCAUCUGGUGAGCUGUGUGUAAGAGUAGUGAGUUACAAAAUUCCGUCCAAACCAUUUCCAUUUAAAACCCAGGACAAUGGUACUCUGCUGAAACUGGAAGAAUUGAAUGGGGGCUUACUGGUAGAUGUGAAUGUAUCUGAACACUCGACUCUCAUAAGCUUCUGUGAUUACCAUGAGGGAGCUGCUCCAGCUCUUAUUGUUAACCACACUUCCUUGGACUCUCUCAGAUAUAAACAGAGUGGAUUACAAGAGGAAAUGGAGUUGAAACCAAAGCAGGUGUGCCUGUUUGCGUGGACAGAGCCAACCCAAGCAAAGAAGUUGACGUGGAUGUACUCCCAAAACUCUGGUGAACAUGAUCUACUUAAGGAUGACUGUGGCCAGUUUGCUUACAAUGCAAAUACUCAGAUACACUGGGUGUCCUUCCUGGACGGGCGCCAGCGAGUGCUGCUUUUCACUGAUGAUGUCGCAUUGGUUUCCAAAGCACGGCAGGCAGAGGAGCUGGAGCAACCUGAUCAAGAAAUCAACUUGUCAAUACAUAGUCUUGGCCUUUCUCUUGUUAACAAUGAAAACAAAAAAGAAAUCUCUUACAUAGGAAUUACUAGUUCUGGUGUUGUUUGGGAAAUGAAACCCAGACAGAAGUGGAAACCAUUUAGUCAAAAACAAAUAGACCUUUUGGAAAAAGCCUAUCAAAAGUAUCUGUGUAAAAGUGAAGCAGGCUGGURUAAGCUAGACAACAACACUGAGGUGAAUUUUGGUAAGACACCGAUGGAAAUGCGUUUGCCUGUCAGAUGCAACAUCCGACGUAAUUUCCUGUCAGGAAUUCAGGUGGAAUUCAAACAAUCACCUCAUCAGAGAAGCUUACGGGCUCAGUUGUAUUGGCUCCAGGUGGAUAAUCAGUUACCAGGAUCAAUGUUUCCUGUUGUGUUUCACCCUGUAGCUCCUCCCAAGUCAAUUGCUUUGGAUUCAGAGCCAAAACCCUUCAUUGACAUCAGCAUCAUCACUAGAUUCAACGAAUACAGCAAAGUACUGCAGUUCAAGUACUUCAUGGUUCUUAUCCAGGAAAUGGCCCUGAAAAUUGAUCAAGGAUUUYUAGGAGCACUCAGUGAACUCUUCACUCCAUCUACAGAUCCAGAAGCUGAAAGGCAAAGGUCUAAAUUAAUUCAGCGGGAUGUAGAUGCACUUAACACUGAGCUCAUGGAAUCCUCCUUAACAGACUUGUCAACACUCAGUUUCUUUGAGCAUUUUCACAUUUCUCCGAUUAAGUUGCAUUUAAGUCUAUCUUUGGCUUCUGGUGACGAAGCAUCAGAUAAGGGUGAAGAAAUGAUAGCUAUCCAUUCUCUGAAUUUGCUGUUGAAAAGUAUUGGAGCUACUCUGACAGAUGUGGAUGACCUUAUUUUCAAACUUGCUUUCUUUGAAAUUAAGUAUCAGUUCUACAAGAGAGACCAGCUGAUGAAGAGAGUUGUUGUACAUUAUGGCGAACAACUCCUGAAGCAGAUGUAUGUUCUUGUACUUGGGUUAGAUGUUCUUGGAAAUCCAUUUGGCUUAAUUAGAGGCUUGUCUGAGGGAGUAGAAGCUUUCUUCUAUGAGCCUGUCCAGGGAGCCGUUCAAGGACCUGAAGAAUUUGCUGAAGGCUUGGUAAUCGGUGUUAAAAGUCUCCUUGGACACACAGUGGGUGGUGCAGCAGGGGUGGUGUCUAGAAUCACUGGGUCUGUUGGAAAAGGUUUGGCUGCUAUCACUAUGGACAAAGAAUAUCAGCAGAAACGGAGAGAGGAAAUGGGUCGCCAGCCUAAAGAUUUCGGUGACAGUCUGGCCAAGGGAGGAAAAGGCUUGUUACGGGGUGUUGUUGGAGGUGUGACUGGCAUAAUCACUAAACCUGUAGAAGGUGCUAAAAAAGAAGGUGCAGCUGGAUUCUUCAAAGGAAUUGGAAAGGGGCUUGUAGGAGUGGUCGCCCGCCCAACAGGAGGCAUAGUGGACAUGGCAAGCAGCACCUUCCAAGGGAUCCAAAGGGUGGCAGAAUCAACUGAAGAAGUAUCUAAUCUCCGUCCUCCACGCCUUAUCCACGAGGAUGGCAUCAUCCGGCCCUACAACAGAGCAGAAGCUGAGGGUUAUGAUUUAUUUGAGAAGCUGCACGUCAGAAAGCUGCAGCAAGAGAACUAUCGAUUCCACUGUCCACUUCCAAGAGGAAGGAGGGCAAAUCUUCUUGUUACCAACAGGAGAGUGAUAUAUGUAAAAGAAGUGGAAAUCCUAGGUCAUCUAACAACAGAGUGGGAUUUUUUAUUUGAAGACUUUACACACCGUCCCGUUUAUGAAGCAAAUGUUGUAAAAAUCACUGUUAUGGAUCAAGGGAUGUUCCAAAGGAAGGACAGUAUGGGUCGUGAAUGCGUAAAGACAAUUCAGCUUCAGGAUGAGUAUACAGCUAAGAGGGUUUGUUGUGCCAUUGAGGAAGCCCAAGCAGCAAGAAAACAGCAGAGGCUGGUGAGGCAAGCGUCCUUGCAGCUCAAGAAACCAUCAGUGCUGCCUUGGUAGUGACGGGAUUUGUCGGGUUUGACCUUUGGUAUGCAAUCCUAUCCCUAAAGUUGACUAGAAGCAAAAUGGAAACAAUAUACAGCAAAUAAAGAUAAAAUACUUCUGAUGUCUUCCUUUGAAGCAAACUGUCAUAAAUGCUUUAUUUAAAAAAGACGGUGCCUAUUUUCAAAAGUAAUGGGAAAUCCAUGCCUGGGGUAGAAYAUUCUUUCCAAAACUAGUGAUUUAAUUACCCUCAAAUAAACAUCUAAGACUUAAAUUACUGCUUUCUCCAAAAAAAUUGCCCACUUUGAAUUUUUCUUUUAUAAUUAGUGGKUUUUUUUGUAGAUUUAUUCUACCAUAAAGUGGUUAUGAAUUUGCACUCUGAGGUUAUGGUUUACAAAAAGGUUGAAGUAAUAGUGGUUMUAGCUUUUGGAAAACUAAAAUCUUUAGUUAUUAAUUGAAAGUCAUUAAAAACUUCUGUUUUUUUGAACAGCAUUUGCUUUAAAUUAGAGGUGUAUACACCUUAACCACUAUAACUUCAUAUCUCUUUUGUGUCGUGAAAAUAUUGCACUCUUGAGCAAUGUAAGAAUGAAUGUGCUUUCAAGAAAUAGACUGUUAUGUGGAAAUGAUUACUUUGGAAGCUGGUUGUUCCCACGGUAAAUGAAAAUUUACAUUUUAUAAAUGGAAAAUAUUAUUUACCACUUGUCAUGUGUAUGAAUAUGUCUUUGUUUUUGCACUGUAAAGACUUCUCCAGGAGAAAAAUGUAAAAUACACUGUCUUUUAGGUAGCAUUGUAUGUCAAGGCUUAAUCCAAAGUAAUUAGUGUUCCAUAUUUCAAUGUAUAGUUGUUUCACUGGAAGUGUGCUGUCUAAUUAAGCCGGAAGUCAGUUUUGAUGCAUUAUUUUUGCAGCAAUUUCUUUUACUGAAGAAGACUGUUAGAGUCGAUUUAGCAAGAUACUUAAAYUUGUUCAAAGCAUCUGUCUAGUCUAUAACGAAACUUUAUUGAAGCAACUUUCAUUCUCAGCACUAGGCUCAUACUAUGUAAGUAGCCUUUUGGAUCAAAAUCUUUACGAGCAAACAGGUUUUAGUUGAGUGACCAAUGAGCUCCAUUCYUGCUGUUCAUCUUUGGCUGUCACGUAUGAUACAACGUGCCUGCUGUUACAUGCACUUAUUCUUGUAAAUACACUCUUUCCAGUUUACAUAGCUUGGAAACAAUGAACCCUUUCUUUUUCAUUUCUUUUUGUAURAGCUUAUAUAGUUACUGAUAUGAACUUGGUAGAUAAAAAUGGCRAAUCUCUUGCGUACAUCCAUUCAGUAAGAGCUGCAAUCAUGAGAACUGGACCCGAACGCUAACGCUAAGCAUUGGGCUGAUGGAUGAGCUUCCAAUACU